AUGGUUGAUCUAUACUCUGGGAUAGCCCUUGGACCACCGGUUGACAUUUGGGCUCUGGGUUGUGUACUCUAUGGCCUCUGCUUCUUUGCCCUUCCAUUUGGUUCUGCCUCCGCCCUCGCUAUCCAAACCGGCCGAUAUACUCUCCCCACAUCUGCCCUAACUUCCUACUCUCCUCAAUUGCUGAAAUUAUUACAUUACAUGCUGACAGUCUCCGCUGCUGAACGUCCGGAUAUUUACCAGGUGUCGGCUCUUACAUUUUCCCUUCUCGGUCGACCUAACCCUGUUCUCAAUGUAAAUGUGCGUCUUCUGAGUUAUUGA